AUGGCGGAAGAUGGCAAAGAGCAGAGUAAAUCGAAAGAUCGGUCAGUUGUUUCCCAAAAGGUGCUUUUUGUGCGCAAUCUACCCUUUUCUACGACGGAUCAAGAUCUUGAGAAUAUCUUUAGUGAGGUUGGACCCAUCAAGCGUUGUUUUGUCAUUCGAGAUAAAGGAGCCAAGAGCUUGUGUCGUGGAUUUGGCUAUGUCACUUUUGCUCUAGCAGAUGAUGCACAAAAAGCUAUCGAUGUUGUGAAAACAUUUGGGGGACGGCAACUCAGUGUCUGUUUUGCUGAUAAGAAACCCAAACAUGAAAAAAGGAAAAUGAAACAAGGAGAAAAUCCUGAAGAUAACAAAGAGAAAGAAGAGGAAGAAAUGUCCCCUGAUGAAGAUGAAGUGCCACCAAAAAAGAAACUUAAAAGUAGCAAACAAGAGGAGAAUAACAACACUCAGAAGAGAGCAGCAGGAAAUGAUUUAGGCAGAACUGUUGUACUAACAAAACUUGCCACAGACAUCAAUCAAAACCACAUCAGGAAAAAAUGUCGAAAGAUUGGAGCUGUAGAAAAAGUUACUUACCCCGUUGAGGGCAGGGAAGAACCAACUGCAUUUGUGAUUUUUCAGUCCCACAAAGAUGCAAGAGAAGCCAUGAAGAAACUGAAUGGCAAGAUUUUUAAGGGCAAUGUCAUUGAAGUUUUCCUUCUCUCCAGAGAAGGGAAGACUCCCAGUCUGAAGUCUAUGAAAAAGUCCAAGGUUAUCAUCCGAAACUUGUCAUUCAAAUGUAAAGAAAAUGACAUCAGGAAAUUUUUCUCUCAGUAUGGACAGGUAACUGAAGUACACAUUCCAACCAAGUUAGAAGGCAAACGAAAGCGAAGCCUUGGCUUUGGGUUUGUACAGUUCUCCAGUGUGUUUGAGGCUGCAAAAGCUAUCAAGGAGGCAAACUUGAAGGAGAUUGCUGGCAGGCCUGUGGCUGUAGACUGGGCCCUGGCUAAAAGUGUUUAUGAGACUAAGAAAGGCCAGGAAGAUGAAAAUGCUGACAAAGAGGAAAGUGACCAUGAAGACAGAGAGGAGGACGAAGAAGAUGCCGAGGAUGUUUCCGAUAAUGAAUCUGAUGUUGACUCGAGUGAAGGCAAGCUUGGUCAUUCUGACAGCGAAGAUGAAAACGAAGAAGGAACUAAAGACAGCGAUGAAGAGCUCAGACGAAGAGAAACACAGACAAAGAAAUCCAAACAACCUUCUGACGUUAAAGAAGGCAAGACCUUGUUCAUUCGCAACAUUUCGUUUGACUCCAGCGAGGAAUCGCUUCACGCGCUGUUUGAACAGUUUGGCGAGAUAGACUACUGCAAAAUAUUAGAGGACAAACGAACGGGGCACAGUCGAGGAAUGGCUUUCGUGAAGUACAAAAUGGUGGAAAGCGCUGAGCAGUGCCUGGAGGAAGCUUGCAAUGAGGGCUCAGGUUAUCCAAUUCGUGGGCCGCCAUCUUGGAUAAUAGUAUGCGCCAGCGAUAGAUAUGCAGCGGAUUUCGAUUAUAGGGAUUCUACUUCGUACAUGGUUCAUGAAAUAUCAUUUGGACAAUUCAACAUGGCGGAAGAUGCUAAGGAGCAGAGUAUAUCGAAAGAUCGGUCAGUUGUUUCCCAAAAGGUGCUUUUUGUGCGCAAUCUACCCUUUUCUACGACGGAUCAAGAUCUUGAGAAUAUCUUUAGUGAGGUUGGACCCAUCAAGCGUUGUUUUGUCAUUCGAGAUAAAGGAGCCAAGAGCUUGUGUCGUGGAUUUGGCUAUGUCACUUUUGCUCUAGCAGAUGAUGCACAAAAAGCUAUCGAUGUUGUGAAAACAUUUGGGGGACGGCAACUCAGUGUCUGUUUUGCUGAUAAGAAACCCAAACAUGAAAAAAGGAAAAUGACACAAGGAGAAAAUCCUGAAGAUAACAAAGAGAAAGAAGAGGAAGAAAUGUCCCCUGAUGAAGAUGAAGUGCCACCAAAAAAGAAACUUAAAAGUAGCAAACAAGAGGAGAAUAACAACACUCAGAAGAGAGCAGCAGGAAAUGAUUUAGGCAGAACUGUUGUACUAACAAAACUUGCCACAGACAUCAAUCAAAACCACAUCAGGAAAAAAUGUCGAAAGAUUGGAGCUGUAGAAAAAGUUACUUACCCCGUUGAGGGCAGGGAAGAACCAACUGCAUUUGUGAUUUUUCAGUCCCACAAAGAUGCAAGAGAAGCCAUGAAGAAACUGAAUGGCAAGAUUUUUAAGGGCAAUGUCAUUGAGGUUUUCCUUCUCUCCAGAGAAGGGAAGACUCCCAGUCUGAAGUCUAUGAAAAAGUCCAAGGUUAUCAUCCGAAACUUGUCAUUCAAAUGUAAAGAAAAUGACAUCAGGAAAUUUUUCUCUCAGUAUGGACAGGUAACUGAAGUACACAUUCCAACCAAGUUAGAAGGCAAACGAAAGCGAAGCCUUGGCUUUGGGUUUGUACAGUUCUCCAGUGUGUUUGAGGCUGCAAAAGCUAUCAAGGAGGCAAACUUGAAGGAGAUUGCUGGCAGGCCUGUGGCUGUAGACUGGGCCCUGGCUAAAAGUGUUUAUGAGACUAAGAAAGGCCAGGAAGAUGAAAAUGCUGACAAAGAGGAAAGUGACCAUGAAGACAGAGAGGAGGACGAAGAAGAUGCCGAGGAUGUUUCCGGUAAUGAAUCUGAUGUUGACUCGAGUGAAGGCAAGCUUGGCCAUUCUGACAACGAAGAUGAAAACGAAGAAGGAACUAAAGACAGCGAUGAAGAGCUCAGACGAAGAGAAACACAGACAAAGAAAUCCAAACAACCCUCUGACGUUAAAGAAGGCAAGACCUUGUUCAUUCGCAACAUUUCGUUUGACUCCAGCGAGGAAUCGCUUCACGCGCUGUUUGAACAGUUUGGCGAGAUAGACUACUGCAAAAUAUUAGAGGACAAACGAACGGGGCACAGUCGAGGAAUGGCUUUCGUGAAGUACAAAAUGGUGGAAAGCGCUGAGCAGUGCCUGGAGGAAGCUUGCAAUGAGGGCUCAGCACUUUCCUUGGACAAUUUUACGCUGAAUGUCACCAAGGCAGUUACGCGAGGAAAGGCGGCAGAACUGGCAAAAGAAAAGAAGAUGGAAGGAAACAGAGAGGCCAAGGACAAACGAAAUUUGUACCUCGCUAAAGAGGGUCUCAUCUUACCAGGCUCGACCGCCGCGGAGGGUUUGUCUAAAGCUGAUCUGCUAAAGAGACAAAAAGCUGAAAAGGAGAAGAAAGUGAAGCUAGAAAAUCCCAACUACUUUGUGUCUCAGACCAGGCUUUGUGUCCGAAACCUUGCCCUGAACGUUGACGAUAAAAAAUUGAAAGAAAUCUUCAGCACCGCCGCAGGAAGGAGAUCUCAUGUGCAGAAAGUGCUGAUUAUCCGAAGUAAGGAUCGCUUGGACAGCUCAGGCCGCGGGCGCUCUAUGGGAUAUGGGUUCGUGGAAUUCGCCAAUCACAAAGACGCUCUAGCAGCCUUGCGAGCGACCAAUAAUAAUCCAGCUAUAUUUGGCGCGGACCGUCGGCCAAUCGUUGAGUUUGCUUUGGAGAACAGCCUCGUUCUCAAAACGAAGCAGCGGCGGUCGCAGAAGGCUCAACAAAGGCAGCAUCAGGCCAUGGAAGAGCAUGCGCGUGAUGGGCAGCCGAAGACAAACAAGGAGAGGAGACUGGAGAAGAAUCAGAAGCGAAGAGAAAAGCGACAAAGAAAGAGGGAAGCAAAAAAGAUGAGAAAACUAGAACAAGCAAAGGACGGUGAAGGUGGCCAAAUAUCCGACCUUAGCAACGGAAUGAAAAAGACAGAGAAAAGUGCAAAUGUAACGCUAUCAAAAGUGAAGAAAGUAAAUUUUUCACCAAGAACGGUCUUUGCAGCUUCUGGAAAGAUGAAACUUGAUAAAAAGAAUCAACAAAAGAGCAGACAAUUUUCUUUAGUGCCUGCUGAAGUCAACAAAUCGGAUAUAAAGCCUCCCACUAUGAAGAACAAGUCUUCGGCACCUCACAAGGUGAAGAAACCUUCAAAAGAAACAAGAAACAUUGAAUCCAGUCUCAACAAAACCUCCGGAAUGCCGAAUAGAAAGAGAAAAGGCGCAUGGAAAAAAGAACAAGAGACAAAAGAUGAAUCGAAGUUCUCUGAAAUGGUGUCCAAGUAUAAAAACAAACUUUUCGGAAUGACCGAUAGCGAAUCGUCCGCAAAACGAUCACGGUGGUUCCAGUGAUUAAGUUAUUUGUGACAAUGUCUACUUCAAAAUGAGUUUUUGGGUGUGUGUAAGCCAGCGAGCGAUCUA